AUGUUGAAAACCUUCGAAGCGAAGGUGGUGAGUAAAGUAUGUGGAAUGGUACGAGAUUCAGAGAUUCGACUCUUGGAGAAGGUUGAUCACAAUGAUCAAAAUAAUGAGUUAAGAGUGAAUUCUCUAACUUCGAUGUUUAGAGGGGAGGUGAACGAAUUUAAGCAUUUGGUGAAGGAACGACAUGUGUUAUUCGUUCAGGAUGUAAAGAAAGUGAGGGAAGAUGUGAAUUUGCAACUUCAGGAGCUUCGACAAGAUAUGCAAAAGGAGACCUCAACUUACUCAAAUUUCAACAACGGAAAAUCAAAGCUUUAUGGAAGUGCUCAAACUACUGAAGGAGCUAAAAGAUUUCACUGUUAA